AUGAGUGCUCUCACACACAACGGGGUCGCGAGAUCCCCCAUUUUGAGUCUCCUCUACGGGAGGAUAACAAAGACUCGUUCCCCUGCCUCCCGGAUAUACCAGCCACUCCAGCCUGGCAAGAUCCGACUCCUCAAGGUGCUGCCCGCCACCGACGAUGACGAUGCGGACCAGAUCGUCCUCAAGAUGGAGUCCGUCGCGCUGGAAGAUGCCGGUCCGUACGAUAUCCUGUCGUACGUAUGGGGAGAUGCUGCCGCCGCUGAAAUCAGCAACGUCGUUCGCCUCAACGACGUGAACGUGCGCAUCACGACGAGCCUGUUCAAUGCUCUCCGCAGGUAUCGACAACAUGCCUCGGAGAUUCAAAGGUUUUGGAUUGACGCGCUGUGCGUGGACCAGACGGACUUGACGGACCGCAGCCUGCACGUCAGCCUGAUGACGGGGAUUUAUACGAGGGCUGAGACCAUCGUCAUGUGGUCUGGCGAAGCGGGCGAUGGCAACACGGGGAUGCUGUUCAAGACGGCAAAGGCACGGCAUGAGACUGCAAAGCAUAGGAAGCUUCUGCAGCAGCAGUCGCUGGAUGCGUUGCCGGUUGUUAUCUGUGGGGAGGGGCCGGAGGUGAUGAGGAGUUUGGCGGGUGUGGGGGAGAGGGUGCUUGGGUUGGGGUGUCGGUCAGGGGGGGGUUUGAUGAAGCGCUUGGAGGCGCUUGGUGUUGAUGAUGUGCCUUCUGAGGCGUAA